CCAAACCAAGUAGAGUGUAAUCGAAUCUGAAACUCAUAAUAACCUCUAGUUUUGGCUCUUAUGGCACCUAUGCCUCCGGGCAUAACUUUAUACUUGAUCCUUUUCAGCUGUUUGCUUGGGGCUGAAGCAUCUGUGGGUUCUCGAGCCUUGCUGGGUUGCGAAGAUAAGUGUGGAAAUGUGAGCAUCCCAUAUCCUUUCGGCAUGGAUUCAAGGUGUUACUUGAGCAGAGCUUUUCUAAUAACUUGCAACAAGUCUGCUAGCCGACCUCAACCGCUGUUAGGAGGUGGGAACUUAGAGGUCACUAACAUAACACUUGAAGGUCAAGUCGAAGUCAUGACUAGAAUAGCCAUGGAUUGUUACGACGCCUCUGGCUCACGCGUUUCCUGGAACAGCUCUCGGCUGCGGGCAGCUAUGUACACUAUCUCGAACAAUAGAAACAAGUUCACCGCCGUCGGCUGCGAUACUUACGCAACCGUCAGGGCUAAACGCAAGGGUAGCGAUAAUGAAUACGUCACCGGCUGCAUAUCGUAUUGUAACAAAGGGGACACAAAGGGCUUUAACAAUUCUUGCUCGGGUAUAGGAUGCUGCCAGAUCCCCAUUCCUAGUGGACUUAAGAACAUAACUGUAUCAGUUACAAGCUACAACAACCAUACGCACAUCAUGGACUUCAAUCCCUGUAGCUACGCCUUUAUUGCUGAUGAAACCAAGUUCACUUUUAACAGUAGAAGUUUUGAUGAGUUGAGGAAAAUAAAAUACCUUCCUAUGGUGCUUGAUUGGGCUAUUGGCAAUGAAACAUGCAAGGUAGCCGAGGGUAAAUCGGGUUAUGCUUGUAAACAGAAUAGCAACUGCCUCGACCCUGACAACCGGUCCGGAUAUAUCUGCAAGUGCAAGGAUGGCUACAAUGGAAAUCCAUAUCAUCCCAAUGGUUGCCAAGAUAUCGAUGAGUGCAAAAGCUCUAGCUCAAACAAUUGUGUUUACAAAACGAAUUGUGUUAAUACUCCUGGAAAUUACACUUGCUCUUGCCCAAAAGGCUUUCAUGGUGAUGGCAGAAAAGAUGGAACUCGCUGCACGCAAAAUGAAGUAAAAGUCAUUGAAAUCUCUAUUGCUAUUAGCUCAUGUGCGCUGGUUGUUAUUGUGGGUUCUUCAUGGUUGUUCUUCAUAAACAAGAAAAGAAAGCUACUCAACAUGAAAAGGAAGUUCUUCAAAAAAAAUGGAGGCUUACUGCUACACCAAGAGCUACAUGAACGACAAGUAUCGACCGAAACGGUAAAAAUUUUCACCGCGGAAGAGCUUAAGACCGCGACCAAAAACUAUGACGAGAGCCACAUUAUUGGCAGGGGAGGAUUCGGCACAGUUUACAAAGGUAUCCUGAAGAAAGGCACUGAAGUAGCUAUCAAGAAGUCCAGAGUUGUUGAUCAAAGCCAAAUCAAGCAGUUCAUCAAUGAGGUUAUCAUUCUCUCCCAAAUAAAUCACAGAAAUGUGGUCAGACUUUUAGGUUGUUGCUUGGAGACUGAGGUCCCUCUGUUGGUUUACGAAUUCGUUUCCAAUGGCACUUUGUCCGAUCACAUCCACUGCGAAAACGGAGAUUCUUCAAUCUCUUGGGAAAUUCGGAUAAGGAUAGCGACCGAAUCAGCCCAAGUGCUCUCAUAUUUGCACUCUGCAGCUUCUACACCAAUCAUUCAUAGAGAUGUGAAGCCUGCAAAUAUACUCUUGGACGACAAUUACACUGCAAAAGUUUCGGAUUUCGGAGCUUCUCGAUUAGUUCCGAUGGAUCAAACUCAGUUAUCAACAAUGGUGCAAGGGACUCUGGGAUAUUUGGACCCUGAAUACUUGUGUACCACGCAAUUGACAGAGAAAAGUGAUGUCUACAGCUUUGGAGUAGUCCUGGUUGAGCUGCUAACGGGAAAAACUGCACAUUCAUUUGCAGGGCCUGAAGAAGAAAGAAAUUUAGCCAAUCAUUUUAAUAAAUCAUUGAGAAACAAUCGACUGUUUCGGAUUCUAGACGAAAAAGUGGCGAAAGAAGGAGCAGUCGAGCAGAUUAAAGAAGUUGCUAAGCUAGCGAAGAGGUGCUUAAGCGUAAAAGGCGAAGAGAGGCCUUCAAUGAAGGAAGUUGCACAAGAGCUCGAGGAUCUAAGAAGACUGACGUGCCAACAUCCAUGGGCUGAAGUUACUUUGAAUAUAGAGGAGACACAGUUUCUGCUUGGACAGACAUCGGGUGUUUCUACUUAUGUCAGCAACUAGAGUUCUUUCACAACAAUGGUGGUAGAUGCUUGUUUAGCAAGAAAUCGGAUAACUCUGUGUUUUAAAUUGU